CAAAAUGUAGCAUACAUGCGCUUUCUUUAAAUGUUCAGGCUAAUCGAUCGCCGGUGGUAGCUGUUACAGAUGUCAUCAGAAAUUGAAUUAAUUUGGAAAUGCGUGACGUCUUCCAUACCAAAAUCUGUUGUGGAUGAGUGGUGGAGCAAAAUCCUCAAACACUUUGAAUACAACCCAAAAUCAGUAGAUGCUGCCGAAAAAAAUGUGGAACAUUUUCAGAAUUUUGCAGAUCAAGGUGAAAUACCAAAAGAUGCUCCUUUGAGAGCCAAAGUGUUGAAUUUGUUAGAAGCUGCCGCAACCCACAGCACAGAAGCGCAUAAAACAGGUGGCACCUAUGGUAAUGAGGAUUGUCACUAUUUUCUGGACAUAGAUGUAGCUGUUCUUGGCACAGAUCCAGAAGGUUAUGCAGAGUAUGCGAGUCUCAUUCGCAAAGAAUAUGAAUUUUUACCAGACAAUACAUACAAAAGUUUGCGACUGAAGAUUCUGCAGAGUUUCUUGCUGAUCCCAAAUAUAUAUGCCACAAAGGAGUUUCGUGAAAAAUUUGAAGCACAGGCAAAGGAAAAUAUUCGUAAAGAGGUUGAAAACUUGAAAAGCUGAGCAUAUUGUUAAAGAAAUGUGUGUGCUAUUUCUCAUGUUGUUAAAAGUAUCCCUUAGUUUUCUAAAUAACAAGAUAUCUGGGAAAUAGAAUAUAUACAGUUGAGUAUAUAUCUUUUGUAUUGAACUAGAGAUGUAAUGUUGCUUUGUUAUUCUAAACAAUUAUUAGUUUCUUUGGUCAAUGUAAAAUAAAAAUUAAUCAUUACAAAGAAAAAAGAAAGUAACAAAAGACUGCUAUAAUGUGACAUUUAUAGUUAAUAGACAUUUUCUCCAAAUAUUUGCAGUCUAUUAACUGAGUUUAUAUCAUACCUCUCUAUACAACUUGUCAUUGAACUGUGCUUGUGAAAAACUUAUACAGAAUGUCAUUAUCAUUUAGAGUAUGCUUAAUAAAAAAGGAAAGAAAAUACUGAUUUUGAUCAUGUCAUUGAUGACAUUUAUUCUUAAAUGGCCCCUCUCUUGUAUUUAUAUCCAUCCAAUCCAUCUCCAAAUCUUAGUGAGUGUUUCUAAUUAAUUAAAUUGUGUUUGUUAUUACUGUUAAUAGAAACCUUUGUCAAUGUUGAUGUCGACUUGAAGGAUGACUGUAUCACUUCCUCUGUCCACAUCAGACCUACCAACAAUACUUCAACUGUCACAGCUGGAAGCAGUCCGUCUCCAAAUAUACUAAGCGUCCCACUGAAGUUUUCACAGUAUGAAAUUACCUUGCAAACCUUGUCCAGAAAUAGAUCUUCCACACCUUGUCUCCCCAGUUACUUACCCUCCUCCAUAUACCCACUGUCCACUCACAAAGAAGCGUUCCUCCCAUAACUGACUUCUAUGCAGGACUGGAGCAACUGAAUCAUUUCCUCUGCAUGGGUUUUGACUACCUCUCAUCGUUCGCUGAAAUGAGCAAUAUCCUCCCCACCAUCCUCCCCACAACUUACACAAUGGUAUUAUGCCAUCCACUCAACCUGCACAGUAUCCUUGUCCAUCCGUACUCAACCUCUGUCCCAAGCCCUUGCCUCAUGGCUCAUAUCCCUGCAAUAGACUUAGAUGAAAGACAUGUUCUGUACAUACUCCCACUAUCACA